GUGAACCCAAAAGAAAACCGGUCGGUCUCUGUAUCCUCUGGACCUUGACUUCUCGUCUUCUUUCUCUCCAGAUUCUUUCUAGUGUACUCGUUUCUCUGUUUGUUUUUCUCUUUUUCUCUUUCUCACCAGUAACAUCUCUAAGCUUUAGUCAGAUCCGUGUGUUUGUGUUUGCGUUCGGAGCGGUUCUUAAUCUGAAGGAAUUAUUGCUGUUUCUGUUCACGGAAAUGGAACAAAACCGCAAAAUUGAUGGUGAAAGUUCGAGAACUGAAGAUGUUAUGAAUAAGGAUAUAAUCAGUGAGUUGCCUGAAGCGUUGCUCCUGCAUAUAUUGUCUUAUGUUCCAACAAAAGAUAUCAUAGCCACUAGUGUUUUGUCUAAACGGUGGAGAUCUGUUUGGAAGAUGGUGUCAAAGCUCAGUUUUGAUACUGAUAUUGACCAUUUCUCUACAGAGGAUGUUUACAGGUUACUGAUUUUGCAUAAAGCUCCAUUCCUGGAAAGUUUGUAUUUGUACAUUCACAAUACAAGUGCUCGUUUGAAUAUUGGUUUCGUGAUUGGAAUCGCAUUUUCACGCCAUGUGCGCGAAUUGGUGAUGGUUCUCUUCCAUGAGGAUCAAACGAGAGUAAGGUUUCCGAGUGUGUUGUGUAGCUAUAACAAUACACUGGAGGUAUUAAAUCUCAGCCAGGACCUUCUUUUAGACUUUCCUUCUCGGGUUUGUUUCAGUGCCCUUAGAGAGCUGCAUCUCUGCCUCGUGAUAUUCAAAGAUGAAGCAUCUGUUUGCAACCUUUUAUCUGGAUGCCCUAGGCUUCAAGAUUUGGUGGUGGUUCGAAUUGGCAAUUCUGAUGUGGGGACUUACACUAUUGAUGUGCCAUCAUUACAGAGGCUUACCUUGCAAGUGGAUGGUAGCCACAAUAGAAGUGGUGGUGGUGGCGGCUAUGUCAUAAAUACACCAUCUUUGAAAUACUUGAACAUGGAAUGCCUCUAUUGUAUUGACUUCUGUCUGAUAGAGAAUGCUCCAGAGCUUGUGGAAGCAAAGAUCAAUCAUGUUUCUGAUAUAGACAAUGAGAACAUUCUUGCGUCUCUCACUUCAGCCAAGCGUCUUUCCUUUCUGCCUUUGUAUCUGCCUUUAGAGGUAAAAUUUUAACACCGCUUUUUUUAUC